AUGAACAGAACUGUGUUGGGUCUUUGGGGAGCAAACUGUUACUUACACGUUCCCACCUCAACAAUCUUGAGUGCACAAGCCUUCAGCAUGUCAUCCUUCAAAUCCUACGGGAAAGUUGAUGAGCAUGAGCAGAUGGUGUUGGAGGCAAGGAGGAAAACCCGAAAGAGGAUCACAAUAUGCCUCUCAUCAAUAGUCCUAGCAGGUGUUGUUUUUGCUGCUGUUUUUGGCAUUCUUGGAACCACUCGUGACAAUUCACCACAAGGUGCUGGUGAUGCUCACACUGUGACCAAUUCCGUGAAGGCUGUUUGUGAUGUGACAUUGUACAAAGACUCAUGCUACACCAGCCUUGGCUCUGCUGUGGAAUCAAGGAAGGUUCAGCCUCAGGAGUUGUUCGUGUUGUCAAUAAAGGUGGCUUUAUCUGAAGUGUUCAAAGCUGUUGAGUAUUUCAGUGAUCAUGAUCAUGGAGUUUUCAAAGGGUUGGUGAAGGACAGAAGGACUAAGGAGGCUUUGAAAAAUUGCAGGGACCUUUUGGGUCUUGCGGCUGACCAUCUGAAUAGCUCCUUGACAUCAGGGGAAAAGUUUUCCCUUCUUGAAGUUUUUCAGGAUCUUGAAACAUGGUUAAGUGCUGCAGGUACUAUAUUAAUUAUAAGCAUAGUCAGAAUUUAUAGACAUACAUUCAAGGCUCUUUCUUGGCAACAUGCAAAGUGGACAUACCAGCAGACUUGUAUUGAAGGCUUUGAAAAUGAAAAAGAAGCAAUUAAGACAAGUGUAGUAAGCUAUCUCAAAAAUUCUACACAGUUCACCAGUAACAGUCUUGCCAUCAUUACCUGGAUCAACAAGGCUGCAACCACACUGAACCUGCGGCGCUUACUGAGUUUACCUCAUCAGAAUGAAGCACCAGAAUGGCUUCAUUCUCAAGAUAGGAGGCUGCUUCUAACUCAGGAUUUGAGGAAGAAAGCUGAUAUUGUUGUGGCCAAAGAUGGCAGUGGCAAAUAUAAGAAAAUUUCUGAUGCACUUAAACAUGUUCCUAAAGAGAGUAGCAAUAGGACUGUGAUCUAUGUGAAGAGAGGGGUUUACUAUGAAAAUGUGAGGGUUGAGAAGACCAAAUGGAAUGUGAUGAUGAUUGGUGAUGGAAUGACUUCUACUAUUGUAUCUGCCAGUCUUAACUUUGUGGAUGGCACACCAACAUUUUCGACAGCAACAUUUUCUGUAUUUGGAAGGAAUUUCAUAGCUAGAGAUAUGGGUUUUGUCAACACUGCUGGUCCACAGAAGCAUCAAGCAGUGGCACUAAUGACAAGUGCUGAUCAAGCAGUUUACUAUAGGUGUCACAUUGAUGCAUAUCAGGAUACUCUCUAUGCUCAUUCCAACCGCCAAUUCUACAGAGAAUGCAACAUCUAUGGCACGGUUGAUUUCAUUUUUGGCAAUUCUGCAGUUGUGAUCCAAAACUGCAAUAUUAGGCCAAAGUUACCAAUUCCUGGUCAGCAGAACACAAUCACAGCUCAGGGAAAAAUUGACCCCAACAUGAACACUGGGAUCUCCAUUCAGAAUUGCAACAUUUCACCCUUUGGUAACUUGAGUUCUGUCCAGACCUACCUUGGAAGACCCUGGAAGAAUUACUCAACCACAGUGUACAUGAAAUCCAGAAUGGAAAGCUUUGUGAACCCCAAAGGAUGGUUACCAUGGACAGGGAAUUCAGCUCCAGACAGCAUUUUCUAUGCAGAAUUUCAGAAUGUUGGACCAGGUGCUUCAACAAAUAAUAGGGUGAAGUGGAGGGGUUUGAGAACCAUUACUAGUAAACAAGCCAGCAAGUUUACUAUCAAGGCUUUUCUACAUGGAGAUAAAUGGAUUUCUGCAGCAGGCGCCCCAUUUAAGUCUGAUCUAUGA